AUGCUCAAUGCGGAUCAUGCUAACACAGUUGUCAAAAAGUGUGACCUACUGCGUCCGCAAUGUACCCAGUGCCAACGAUACGGUGCCGAGUGCCCCGGCUAUACGCGCCCCCACAAGUUCAUGGACGAAGGGCCACAGCUACGCCAACGAUUCCACAAGAAACGAUAUCAGUCUAGCUCUGCCCCAAAAUUCGAAUCAAUUGAUGAACGAAUCGCCCCUUCCCUUGUAACCCAGUCUAUGGGCAACCAGCAGCCGGUCAUCUUUGGAUCCUUCGUCCUCACAGCCUUCACCCGCUGGUUUGGGCUCAACAAAUACCGUGUCCAUGUACCGUGGACGGGGUAUAUUGCGCAGCAUAUUGGCCAAAGUCCUGCCUUCGACGCUGCAAUCUACUGCGUCAACUCCAUUUUCAUGGGUCAGACACACCACAAUACCACAUUACAAAGGUCCAGCCGAGAGGUAUAUAGCAAGGCGCUCCGCCUGUUUGGGGAUCGAAUCCGCGAUGCCAACGCAAUGGAGUCGACCGAGAGCGUGAGCAUCACCAUCGCGCUGAGUUUGUUUGAGGCCUACUCGCGCACAAAUUCGGACUCUUGGGCCCGCCACGCUGCUGGUACAGCGCUCCUCAUGGCACACAGAGGUCCAGCUACACACGUAAACGGCUUUGACCGAUGUCUGUACCUAUCCUUCCGGAGCUUUCUCGUCGCCGAGGCAUUUGUCAACAACAAGCGAUGCAUCUUCGAGCGCCCCGAGUGGCAGGCGCAUAUUGACCAAAUUCGCGUGGAGGACAUGACCUCGUCUCGAGUGGAUGGACCUAUUUCACUUUUCAUCGAUCUACAGGAUCGCAUUUUCAAAGGCGUUGUGAAGACACCGGGCUUACUGGUGCAAGCUCGCAAAUUGCAUGCAGCAGCCGAACCGCUGAAAGCGAGUAGAAACCUAGCCGCACAAGUUCUCCGACUUAGCCAAUCUCUUCACACAUUGACAGUACGGCUCCGCCUAGCUGCCACGGCGCAAAGCUAUCAAGAAGGAUGCAGGCCCUCCAGUGGCAGUCAACCCCCUAAAUUUAUCGGACCAAUCCCGACCACAUUUCCGCAGGAAUUUGCAAACAGUGUCUUGCGGGGCUCAGAGCAAUGUCUGUUAAUACUACGGUUGCUAUUGGACUACUUGGAGAGCGAUACCAUACAUCACAUUCCGAAAUCGAGCUAUCAAGAUAGUGUCGAAAGUUCAGAUCCAUUGCCCUUUCGGCUCGUCUCCAACUUAGUUCGCUUUCAAGAUAAGAACUCAGACAGUUCCUCGGCAAUACUUGCGGGGGAGACAGACGUUCCGUCUGCAGAUAAAUGGCUCGAUCUGGUGGCUGCAUCGAUGGGUCUGGAGGCAUUCGACAUCGUGACCUCCACGAGCGAAAGUCAUGAUCUUCCCUCCGAAGACCAGGGCGAUACAGACCAGUGGAAUGCUGCUCUCGCACUCCGAUAA